AUGACCUCCUAUCCAGGAGAAAGACCAGACGCCCCUUGGAACCCCCCUGCCCAGAAUCCUGUACCCCAACCGACUCUUGCACCAAUCGUACCCGAUUACAUACCACCGAUGGCUACAGUUACCAUGGAUGAAGGACGUCACCAUGCUAGCCAGAAGGAACUUGGUUUUAGAAAACCCGAGACCUUCAACGGUUCAGACCGUUCGAAGCUUAGGGAAUUUAUAAACCAAUGCAAGAACUACAUGGCCGGAAAUAGCCAUGUCUACCAGGAGGACAAUCAGAAGAUCGCAUUCGUGCUAUCGCACAUGCAAGGAGGAACAGCAGGAUCAUGGGCACAGAGCUUCAUAGAAACGGAACUCACCAAUGAUGACUUCCUUUCUUAUGGGAGUUGGAGAGACUUCAUUGCAAGUGUGAACAAAGCAUUUGGCGAUGAAAAUAUUGAAGAAACCGCUCGUACCUUGCUGCGUAACAUCAAGCAAGGAACUCGUACUGCGGACGACUACAUUGCUGAAUUCCGAUCGCUUGAAUCCAAGGCGAAACUAGAAGAUGCCGGAAAUAUCGAGUAUUUCAAGUGGGGACUUAACGACCCACUCCAACAAAGGAUAUAUGGGAUGGAAAGCAUGCCCAAGACACUUGACAAGUGGUACGAAUACGCCUCGCGGUUUGAUAACCAAUGGAGAUCUGCUCAGAUCUUCAAGCGAGGAGCCACUACGAUGACGCGAGGAAAGGGCCGAUCUGUCCAUCGUCCCUACUACUCGGCUUCUGCAAAGGAUCCAAACGCGAUGGAUGUUGAUCGUGUCAAUAUCUCGCGAUUAUCCCCAGACGAGCGACAGAAGAGAAUGAAAGAAGGAUUAUGUUUCCUAUGCGGAAAGAAGGGCCAUAUAGCCAACGACAGACAAUUUCACCCCCAGUCUGGAAGUUUCACCCGUGCUAGAACGAUACAGCCCGGGUUAGACACAGACACGAUCACAUGGAUCAAGAAGAUGCGAGAAGACCUCGCACAGAAGAAGGAGACGUUGAGGGAAGAAACCAGAGAGGAACAGAUCGCCUAUGUGCGAAACGUCUUCAACGACAUGACUGACGAAGAACGAACCCAAUUGGGUUUUUGA